AUGGAGAGUACCAAAGCAAAUAAGGACUGUGUUUACGCUAUUAUCAACAAUAUACCUUCUUCUUACCAUUCUUCCGACCUCAGAAACUACUUCUCACAGUUUUUAGAGACAAGUGGGUUUAAAUGUUUCCAUUUCAAACAUAGACCAGAGUCUAGAACCACCGAAACAUCGAAUUCAACCACCCGUGAGGAAAGACGUUUAGGAACGUUUUGUUGUGUCGUCAAAAUUAAUGGAAACCGAUUCAACGAAUUCAUGAAGAUGUAUCACAAACGACACUGGCUGGAUAGGAAAGGGGAUGUCAUGCCUGCUUUAUGUUUUAUUUCUAAAAUCAGAACAACUGAGCAGAAUAUAGGUGGAAGCAACAAAUACAAAACAAGAGCAGAACAGAAAUGUGUUCCACAUGACAGAGAACAGUUUACUAUUAGUGACCUUGAUCAGAUGAAGGAGUUACAUCCCCCUGAUAUUAUGCCAAAUGGAAAUGUUGGGACUCCUACUUCAGUCUUCCUGGAAUAUAUCAAACAAUGUCGUCUGCCACCAGUCAUUAUAAAAAAUCUUGGAUUGUCAUUUCCAAAGACAAGAUCAAACAAAAGGUAUGGAAAUGUUCCUUUUAAUUAUGAUGGCAAAGCUGUUGAUGUUGGUCAUCAAACCCAGGAAGAAGAGGAAACACCAGAGGUCAAAUCAUCCAAAGGUUAUAAGAUACCAACUGAAAACUCUUACUCAGAUGAAAGUGAAACAGACAAGUCAACAGACCAAGAUUCAUCACAGAAUCCAAACCGUGAUUUUAACAAAGAAAAAGAAAGUUCAAAAGACAAGUUUAGACAGGACCCAGAGACAAAGAGAAGAUUUGAAUUAAAAAUUGAAGAGAAUUUGAUUGAAAAAGAAGACAGGGACUCUGAUGAUGACAAUGAUACCUGUGAAGAGUGGGAGCGCCAUGAGGCCAUGUAUGAUGACCCGUCUAAUCAGGAGAGAAAUUCAGAGCGGCUGUAUGAAGAGGAAAUAGAGCUGAAAUGGGAGAAAGGUGGCAGUGGUCUUGUCUUUUAUACCGACGCUCAGUACUGGAAACAGCAGGAAGGAGAUUUUGAUGAACAGACAACAGAUGAUCUGGAUGUUGAUAUGAGUGUAUACUAUGAGGAAGGGGUUGGAGAUAAAGAUGCAAGAGAUUACCUAACCAUGCGUCAGGAAACACGUCGGCGAGAUGGUGAGGAAAACACAGACAGAUUUAGUGCUGGUAUUGCUAAAAAACGACCUUCUAAUUCAAAACACCAAAGUAGUGAGGCAUUGAAAAUUGGAAAGUUUGAACAACACACGAAAGGAUUUGGUCGUAAAAUUCUAACACAACAGGGUUGGAGUGAAGGUGAAGGCCUUGGAUGCACUGUAAAAGGGAUGGCAGAUGCUCUGGAAUCAGAAGGUCAAACAUCUAGGGAUAAAACAGGAUUUGGAUAUAGGGGUGAGAAAUUGCUGAAGACAAGGGAUUUGAAACAUAAAAAACCACAAACUAAAAGACUGAUAACCACAAUGUAUGAUGAUCCUGGUGACACAGACCCAGUGGACCCACUGUUACGACGAAAUCACCACUACCACAUAUCUCAUCGUCACAGCCAUAAAGUUGCCUUCACUGCUGCACAGACACAGGAAUAAAUGAAAUAUAGAUGUCCCUUCAUGUAUUGGCUGAAUACAUUCCUGAUUUGUUCAUAUGAAUACUUUGUAUAAACCUGAAAUUUGAUGAAGUUCUAUUAUUUUUUCUUGAUUGUUAGGAUGAUAACCUGCAAAGGGUAUCCUUGAAGAUAAAUAUGCCCUGAACAUACCUGUCUCAGUGAAUCAAACACCAUUCAUCUUGAUGAAACACAAGUGUAGCAAUUACCAAAUUACUUAGAUGGAAAUAUUUGAAACAUAUAUGAAUUAUCAAAAUGUUCAAAGUUCUA